AUGCAAUUUUUCAAAUCUAUUUCCAUUUUAGCCUUGGCCGCUCAAGCAUUAGCUGGAGUCACUCAAUAUCAAUUUUUUGUAAAAUCAGACAAUGAGGAAAUUAAUGGACGUGGGUUGUACCACCACGUGGUGAAUGAAGCUAGUGCUAUUGAUUAUUACUUUGUAUCAAAUAAUGAUGCUGACACUUCAGCUUCUAUUGUUAGUUAUGAUGACCAACAGCAAGUGUUUUUCUUUCAGUACAGUCCACUGGUUACAUACUACGUUAGAGAGUUGGGAAACAUUUUGCAAUUCAGGCAAGGCCCAGCAUUGAAGGCGUCAAUUGGGGACGAUGGGUUUGUUUCUUUCCCUGGCAGCGACUCAUUACGUGCAAAGAAAGAUAUCCAUGACCCAGAAAACUACUCUAAAAACAACUAUGCUGUUAUUGUUGAUGGUCAAAGCGAUGGUAUUCCAUUUACCAUUGAGGCAAGAACGUAUGCUGCUUAA